ACCCCCUCGGUAUUGCCAUUUCAUAGUUUGUGGUUGAUGGCCAAGAAAAUGGAACUUGUGGGUGUAGUAGAUAGGAUCAGUAGUUUAUCCGAUCCUAUUCUUUGUCGCAUUUUCUCUCUUCUACCCAUUAAAGAUGCAGUUCGAACCUCUAUUCUUUCACCCAGGUGGAGGUAUCUCUUUGCAUCGUCAAUAUCUAUCCUUGAUUUUGAAGAAUGUUUACAGGGUGUGAGUAAGGAAAAAUUUAACAACUUCAACCACUUUGUUGAUAGGUUAUUGUACAUUUUCCCUAAUCAGGUCAGUUUAGAAUGCUUUAGGGUGGAUGACGAAGUAUGUGAUGUUGAGAGUUUACGUCUUUAUGGUUGGAUAUGUGCUACAUUGUGGCGUGGUGUCAAGGAAAUUGAAAUAUAUUUUGAAAAGAGUCCGAUGUUGCCGACCCAACUAUUUACUUCUCACUCAUUGGUGACAUUGAAAUUGAGAUUUUGGGGUGAGAUCAAUGUUCCAACCAAGGUUUGUCUUCCAAAUCUCAAGACCCUACAUCUAAAGGUCAUCACACCUUCAAAUGAUUCAGUUUGUAGACUGGUUUCUGGUUGUGUUGCGCUUGAAGACUUGCUUAUGGUGCCAGGGGGCUCUUGUUUAGGAAAAACCGUGGUCAAUAUCCAUAGCCCUUCACUUAAGCGACUAGUGCUGGAUUUUCAUGUGAUUUCUAUACCUUAA